AUGGUUAGCAACUUAAAUUUUCCGCUCUUUAUCUUCACUUUAACUGUUUUUGGAAUUCUAUCCAUUGUUGUCCUAUUAGGAAGUGGAUUUAUCAUAAUUGUGAUUGGGCACCGAUGGCUUCAGAACAAGAAGAUAGUCCCUUGUGAUUUUCUCUUGUUUAGUUUGAAUACUUCCAGAUUUUUCUUGCAGUUAACUGUUGUAGUGACCUAUGUGCUGUAUUUCAUCUCUCCAGAGGCCUCUCUUCAUAGUUAUCGAGAUGAAGAUAUCAUCUUUAUCUUGAUCUUCUUCAACAUAGUCAGCUUCUCGAGUGUCACGUGUCUCAAUUUUUUCUACUGUGUGAAGGUCACCAACUUUAACAAUUUCCUAUUCCUCUGGCUGAAGCCAAGGAUCAAUAUACUCAUACCUAGAUUCCUUGGAGGGUUAAUAAUAGCUUCCUUGAUCUACACUCUUCCUUCAGGCUUCAGUUAUUUUCAACACAAAAUGUGCAAUGUGACUGAGAAUCUACCAAGGAAAGCCAGCCAAAAUGAAGCUUGCGGAAACCUUAUGCUUGCUUUUCUUCCCCAACAGCUAUUUUUCACUAUUACACAUUUUGCCAUAAACAUAACUACAUCUGUUCUUUUGCUCACUUCUCUGUGGAGGCACACAAGGAAUCUGAAAAAAAGUGGCAUUUGUGCUAAGGAUCUCAACCAUCAGGUCCAUGUUGGUGUCAUGAAGCUGCUGUUAUUAUCACUGCUUUUCUACCUUAUACAUUUCAUUGGUAUAAUAAUGAAUGCUGGAAAUUCUUGUAAUAUGGGAGGAAUUAAACGAAUGGUUUCUGACAUUUUGCAAUCUACAUUUCCUUCUGUGCACUCCAUUGUAUUAAUACUAACCAGCCCAAAACUGAAAGAAGAGGUUGCUCGGGUUCUGAAAGCCAGGAGAUAA